UGUGCGCCUGGGCGUUGCAUCAGUUCAGGGCGCCGCGCCGCACUGCUGAUCCGUGUUCUUUCUUAGUCUUGCGCGACCUCCCCGCUCCAGCAACAGAAUGGUUCAGCAAGUGCCAGAAAAUAUCGAUUUUCCUGCUGAAGAAGAAAAGAUAUUGCAGUUCUGGUCUGAAUUUAAUUGUUUUCAGGAAUGCUUAAAACAGUCAAAACAUAGACCAAAAUUUACCUUCUAUGAUGGUCCUCCUUUUGCAACUGGCCUGCCUCACUAUGGACAUAUACUUGCGGGGACAAUUAAAGACAUAGUUACAAGAUACGCUCACCAGAGUGGGUUUCAUGUUGAUAGAAGAUUUGGAUGGGAUUGUCAUGGUUUGCCUGUGGAAUAUGAAAUUGAUAAGACAUUGGGCAUCAGAGGGCCAGACGACGUGGCCAAAAUGGGGAUUGCAGAGUAUAACAAUCAGUGCCGCUCAAUUGUAAUGAGAUACUCUUCUGAGUGGAAAUGUAUUGUCAGCAGACUUGGCCGAUGGAUUGAUUUUGACAACGACUACAAAACUCUGUAUCCACAAUUCAUGGAAUCUGUCUGGUGGGUGUUCAAACAACUAUAUGAUAAAGGCCUUGUUUAUCGAGGUGUGAAAGUCAUGCCCUACUCCACCGCUUGUAACACUCCACUUUCCAACUUUGAGGCACACCAGAAUUAUAAGGAUGUUCAGGAUCCUUCAGUAUUUGUAGCUUUCCCUUUGGAAGAAGAUGAAAAUAUAUCUUUGGUUGCUUGGACAACCACUCCCUGGACUCUACCUAGUAAUCUUGCUGUCUGCGUUAAUCCAGAUAUGCAAUAUGUAAAGAUUAAAGAUUUUGCCAGAGGAAAAUUGUUCAUUUUAAUGGAAGCCAGGUUAUCAGCCCUCUAUAAGUUGGAGAGUGACUAUGAGAUCCUUGAAAGAUUUCCUGGUGUCUAUCUCAAAGGCAAGAAAUACAAGCCCUUGUUCGACUAUUUUCUGAAGUAUAAAGAGAAUGGCGCUUUCAGUGUGCUCGUCGACAACUAUGUGAAGGAGGAAGAAGGCACAGGGAUCGUGCACCAGGCUCCUUACUUCGGAGCUGAUGACUUCCGCGUCUGUAUGGACUUCAACAUUAUUCAGAAAGACUCACCCCCUAUUUGCCCUGUAGAUGCUUCAGGCUGUUUCACGGCAGAAGUGACACAUUUUACAGGACAGUAUGUGAAGGAUGCUGACAAACAUAUCAUCAGGACCUUGAAGGAACAGGGCCGACUUGUUGCCACCAGCACCUUCACUCACAGCUAUCCUUUCUGCUGGAGGUCGGACACGCCCCUCAUUUACAAAGCAGUGCCCAGCUGGUUUGUUCGGGUGGAGCACAUGGUGGACCGUUUACUCAGGAACAACGACCUGUGCUACUGGGUGCCAGAGUUUGUGCGAGAAAAGCGGUUUGGAAACUGGCUGAGAGAUGCACGUGACUGGGCCAUCUCCAGAAACAGAUACUGGGGCACGCCGAUCCCACUGUGGGUCAGUGACGACUUUGAGGAGAUAGUUUGCGUUGGCUCUGUGGCAGAACUUGAAGAACUGUCAGGAGCAAAGAUCUCAGAUCUCCACAGAGAGAGCAUUGACCACCUGACCAUUCCAUCACGCCGUGGGAAGAGUCCAUUGCGACGCAUCUCUGAGGUGUUUGAUUGCUGGUUUGAAAGUGGUAGCAUGCCCUACGCCCAGGUUCACUAUCCAUUUGAAAACAAGAGGGAGUUUGAGGAUGCGUUUCCUGCAGACUUCAUUGGUGAAGGCAUUGACCAAACCAGAGGAUGGUUUUACACCCUGCUGGUCCUGGCCACAGCUCUCUUUGGACAACCGCCUUUUAAGAACGUGAUUGUGAAUGGACUCAUCCUGGCGAGUGAUGGCCAAAAAAUGAGCAAACGAAAAAAGAAUUAUCCAGAUCCAGUCUCAGUCAUCCAAAAGUAUGGUGCUGAUGCCCUCAGGUUAUAUCUGAUCAAUUCUCCUGUGGUAAGAGCAGAAAACCUCCGCUUUAAGGAGGAGGGUGUGCGGGAUGUCCUUAAGGAUGUGUUGCUUCCAUGGUACAAUGCAUACCGGUUCUUCACACAGAACAUCCUAAGACUCGAGAAGGAGGAGGGAGUGGAAUUCCUCUACAAUGAGAAUACAAUCAGGGAAAGCCCCAACAUCACGGAUCGGUGGAUCCUCUCCUUCAUGCAGUCCCUCCUGGGUUUCUUUGAGACUGAAAUGGCAGCUUACAGGCUUUAUACUGUGGUGCCUCGCCUGGUCAAGUUUGUUGAUGUUCUGACCAAUUGGUAUGUCAGAAUGAAUCGUCGAAGACUAAAGGGUGAAAAUGGGAAGGAGGAUUGUGUUAUGGCCCUGGAGACCUUGUUUAGUGUCCUGCUUUCUCUGUGCAGACUGAUGGCCCCUUAUACACCAUUUCUCACUGAAUUGAUGUACCAGAACUUAAAAACACUGAUUGAUCCAGCUUCUGUCCAGGACAAGGAUACACUCAGCAUCCACUACCUCAUGCUACCUCAUGUUCGAGAGGACUUGAUUGACAAGAAAACUGAGAAUGCAGUGUCUAGGAUGCAAUCCGUCAUUGAACUUGGACGAGUGAUCCGAGACCGAAAAACUAUUCCAAUAAAGUAUCCUUUGAAAGAAAUUGUGGUUAUCCAUCAAGAUCCCGAAGCUCUGAAUGAUAUCAGGUCCUUGGAGAAAUAUAUCCUUGAGGAAUUGAAUGUUCGUAAAGUUACACUAUCUACGGAUAAAAACAAGUACGGCAUACGGCUAAGGGCUGAGCCAGAUCACAUGGUCCUGGGAAAGCGCCUGAAGGGAGCCUUUAAAGCAGUGAUGAUGGCCAUCAAGCAGCUGGACAGUGAGCAGCUGGAGCAGUUCCAGAAGAGUGGCUUGAUAACUAGACAGAAGCCAAUCAGGUGGAAGGCCUUGGUUCUUUUAGAUGUCACUCCUGACCAGUCAAUGUUGGAUGAAGGAAUGGCUCGGGAAGUUAUCAAUCGCAUCCAGAAACUUCGCAAGAAGUACAAUCUGGUUCCCACUGAUGAAAUAACAGUGUAUUAUAAUGCAAAGUCCGAAGAGAGGUAUCUGAAUAAAAUUAUUGAAAGCCACACAGAGUUCAUAUGUGCCACCAUAAAGGCUCCCUUGAAACCGUAUCCAGUUUCUGCAUCAGAAGAAAUCCUUAUUAAAGAGAAAACACAGUUAAAGGGGUCUGACCUGGAAAUCACAUUCACCAGAGGGUUUUCCGAUCCUGGUCCAGCUUGUGCAUAUGUCAAUCUUAACAUCUGUGCAAAUGGCAGGGAACAAGGUGGAGUAUUACUUCUGGAAAAUCCGAAAGGUGAUAACCGGUUGGACCUUCUGAAACUAAAGAGUGUUGUUACUAGCAUUUUUGGUGUUAAAAAUACAGAGCUGGCUGUGUUUCAUGGUGAAACAGAAAUACAAAACCAAACAGAUUUGCUGAGUCUCAGUGGAAGAACCCUCUGUGUGACUGCAGGACCAGCCCCCUCUCCGGCCAAGAGUCCCAGUCCUCUCCUCUGUCAGUACAUAAACCUGCAGCUCCUCAACACAGAGCCUCAAGAGUGCUUAGUGGGCACAGUGGGCACUCUCCUGCUGGAAAACCCUCUGGGGCAGAAUGGACUUACCCACCAGGGUCUUUUAUAUGAAGCAGCGAAGGUGUUCGGUCUUCGUGGCAGGAAGCUGAAGCUGUUUCUAAACGAGACUCAAACCCAAGAAAUUACAGAAGACAUCCCCAUGAAGACUCUGAACAUGAAGACUGUGUUUGUGUCUGUACUGCCAAUGACUGCAGAAUGCUAGUACAGCUUCUCCGUGUGGCUCACUCACCAUUUUCCUUAGUCUGUUUUCCUCUACAUUCGUAUCCAUGGACAUGAAGAUGUGUCCUUCAGUCUCCUAUGCUGCUUUGGCCCAAAGUUCAAAUAGGAUUGAUGAAGUAACUUGAGGCCUCAUGUAAUAUUCACACUUAACCUUAAAUACUAUGCAGUCGUGUUGGGGGAAUUUAGUACCUCAGCACCACGUAAGUACAGCAAGCAGAACUCACUUAAAAGGCAUAAGAAAAUACUGAUCUAUAGCCUUUUAUGACUGAUUUGAGACCCUUAAAACAGUAGACAUGUUAUAUAUUUCUGCUACCUGGAUUUUCCCAGGUAAUUUGGUGGAAUAUUUUGUUUCAGUAAAUCAGACAUGUAAACAAACUG